AUGGAUUAUAGUGCCUAUAGCCGUCCACGAGGCAGCAAUGGGGAGACCAGCUAUUUCGGAGGCAGAGAUCCAGAUUACACAAGCACAAGCAGCUACUCGGCCGGCAGAGAAUCACACUCUCGGCGUCGAACCUCUCCACCAAAUCAUGAUGGAAUGACCGCCGCACCAGACCGCGUGGAGCCAUCUGGUUAUGGCGCCGUGCCUCCAGAGAUAAUUGCAGCCAUUACGGAGCAGGUCACCGAGAAGGUCAAAAGAGAGCUCGUUGAUCAUUUGAAGCAAACAGGCAGCAUAGAUGAUCAACUCAAGGCCGACCCUAUGCAAAGACAGACAUCAAACAGGUCGAGCUCUACAUCCUCCCCCCUUCCAACAAUGCGCAGAGUCUAUACGCCGCCCUCUCCAUCACAAUCUUCUCGAACGGCAUACGCGCCACCUCCUUCCAUGGAGCAUACAAGGUCCCCUCCCAGAAGCCCCCCAGAGAAGCCCAACGCCGUGCGAUUCUCUGAUCGUGAACCACGGGCCCGCCCUGCGCGCACAUUCUCAACCGCUGACCUAUCUACAAUCGACCAGAAAUGGGGCAGGUUAGUGGACAGUGAAGGCACUCCAACGCAGCGACUUGGGCAAUUUCUAAGGGGGUUGGCAAACCAUAUUAUUGAUGAUUUCCAACCUAAGAAGAGCAUUGUCGUGACCCCAGAGAAGAUGGCCGCUUACUACUCAAGGUACUCACUCCAGAAUGAGCCGCACCCACUUCUCUCUAUAUUCCGAGCACAAGCAAAUGAGCAAAUCUCUCUCCUCUAUCGGGACCUUGGUUGCCAGCAUUUUUUCGUACAGGAAGAUGCUAAGAAGGAACCAGUCAUACCAGCUCUUACGCCCCUUGGCUUUGCUCACUGGAUGACCAUGUCCAUUUUAGCGUACCCCGAGGAAGAAUCGGAGAGACUAGGCAAAGUCGUAUUGGACUUGCCGAUCGAUGCGGAUGGUCAAAUGGUCGAUGGCAAACCAGAGCGACUUCCCAAGCAACUAUCACGACACCUCUUACCAGCCAAGGAGGAUUGGGACUCGAAAGUCCUAGUUGAUAGUGCUAUGGCAAGUUUCCUUGAAAACCUCGGGACGACUAGAAGACGUAAAGGAUCCAUCGAGAGCCCCCCAACCAGUCGAGGUGCAUCUACUUCGCAACGGACUCGUCCAGUAGAGGUACAUCAAACAACCAAGACUUCCCCCACUGUACCCAAUUCUCCGCACCAUGAACGAGAGCGCAAGCCUUAUUCCGGAGAGCAAUCAAAUUCGUCGGAUAACGGCGAGCCAGUUAAGAUCGAACGCGAACGCCAGCCAUAUACAGCCCAGCCGGGGAGUGGUAAGGUGUAUGCAGAUUCAACAUCCGGACUUGGUCGUGCGGCCUCUACUAGUAGUCGUAGAAAGAACCCAGAAUCACAAGGCACAAGGCACAACCGCACACAAUCCACAAGUUCCAACCAUUGCCCGCCACCACCCCCAAGGACUCACAAUCGAAGAACAAGUAGCCCGCCUCUUAGGAAUUUCAGCCACUCUACCCCAACCGAUAUAGACGCUGGUGGCAGAUACGCUCCCCCGCCACCUCCAUCCUCAACCUUUUCGACUCAGCUACCUUUCGGUCCAUCAUCCUAUGGUUCCGGAAGCUCAACUUCUUUUCCACCUCCACCUCCACCAAUAGAUAUCCGCUCCCGUCGUUCGAGGGAUGACCGCGACUACUCUACCCGAACCACAGACGACGAAGCAAGAUUCAUGGGAGACGAGUUCAACAGCCCCCGAGAUGCCGAGCGUUGGGAUCGUUACCAUGAGAGCAGAUCAGGCGAAUCCGACCGCUUUGAUAAACCUUACGAGCGCGGUUCUGUAACUAUUGAUCCCGUAGACUUGAGGGGUGUUCCUGCGGAAGAUUGGUAUCGGGAUAAAGGUAGAGGCCAAGGGUAUUAUGGACCACGCAGUGGAUAUUGA